AUGGUGGAUCCCAUUUCGAUUAUUUCGGCGGUAGACAUCUGCAUCAAAUAUGGCACGAAACUGGUUCACUUAUGCGCUGCAUUUGCACACGCCAAAGGUGACAUUGCAGAGAGGCUCCUGCGCGUGAAAACUUACUGGAUGAGGACGGAACUCCAGCUGAAUGUGGUGCGGGGUAUUGCCCAUGAGCUCAGUGAGAAGCAUCAGAGGAUUCAACAUGAGACGAUUGCAAUGCUCGGCGCUAAGUUGGAGAUUGCUAUCAACAAUAUUGAGUCCACCAUCAAGAGUUAUCCUGUCGGGGACCAAGAGCUGGGCGUACGUCGGUGGAAGUAUGCGCUCACGAAGGAAAAGAUUGACCGGACCGUUGAGGAUCUCAAAGAAUGGCAGUCACUAUUUGACCCAUCGUGGUAUCUGAUUAUGAGGCUCGCAGGCGAUCGAAUCGAUUAUGGCCUAAGAAAAAACCGAAUAUCUUCUGCCAUAGAUUUUCAAGACCCCAUACCUCCUGCGCAGUCCCUCAGGACAGCCCUGAAGUCGACAGAGGCGAACGCACCAUCGGUCCUCCUCCCAGCGGAGACUCUCAUUUCCAUUAACCCACAAGAAAUACAAUUUUGCUCAGCGCAGGUGGGCCGGAGGCCAGAAAAUGGUCAAUCGCUUAUUGUGGAACGAAUCGAACCUCUUCCAGGGGCCAAUAUCGGGGACAUGAAGAAAGAUAUACGAGAUCUCGCUAGACGGCUGACUGGGUCCGAUGCCAUCGAAUUCGGUCUCCUUAGCUGUAAAGGAUAUAUCCAACAUCACAAGCCCGGCUCUUCUCAAUCUCUACCAGAUGCAUUUACCAUCAUCUUCCGAAUGCCAACACAACAUCUUCAACCUCGCUCUCUCCGAGGUUGUUUCCAGGAUACGAACCAUACCCACUCACUCUCCGACCGGUUCAAGUUAGCGAACGAGCUUGCGAAAGCAGUGCAUUCUGUUCACUUGUUUGGAUUUGUCCACAAGAACAUCCGACCAGAGACAAUCUUACUUUUGGGAAGUGAUGAGUCCUCGAUUGGAUCUGCCUUCCUGAUUGGAUUUGACAGCUUUCGCAUGGCCUCUGGCAGAACUUUGCGCAAAGGCGAAGCUUCCUGGGAACGAUGCCUUUACCAACAUUCCGACCGCAUAGGAACCAUCUCGAAAGAUUAUAUUAUGCAGCACGAUAUCUACAGUCUUGGUGUAUGUCUAUUAGAGCUGGGAUUGUGGGAAUCUUUCAUGUCAUACGAUGAGUUGACUCCGGCAAGCAAUGGAAAUGAUCCAACCCCUACUCGCGCUCCUAUUCUGGGAGCGGGUCGAGGGUUAUAUUUCCAAAAGCAUCUCCUCUUCUUGGCGCAGGGUGAACUACGGAAGCGAAUGGGGACCAGAUACUCCGACGUUGUUGUCACUUGUUUGACAUGCUUGGACGCUAAUAAUGUCGAUUUCGGAGAGAAGAUUGAUUUUGAAGAUGCUGAUGGCAUUGAAGUAGGUGUGAGGUAUAUUGAGAAGGUAACGAUGCGACUAAAUAGUAUGUGCGUCUGA